GCAGCACAGAUCGACUGAAUAAGCGCCCUGAUUAUACUAAUACAGCGAUAUAUUCACACACACGACACCUUCCUGAAUGCUAUAGGGUGUUAUAAUUAAACAAACUUUAAUAAGAUGUACACAAAAUGUACAACAAUUACACAAGAGUCAGCAGUGUUAAUGGGGAAAGUUGCUUUGGGCAGUAAUGCACUACUGUACUGAGUUACUCCCUGAAAUGGAGCUGGUCCUGUUACUCAGUUACUCUUCAUUGUAAGUAAUGCGGUACGUUACUUUUGUGUUAGGACCGGCUGGGGUUUGACGUCUUUCUGUUUUUUUUAUUCUCUAUUUUUUUUUCAAUAGAGGAGCUCUGCAAUGACCAACACACUGAAUAACCUUCAUUUACCUGUAAAAACACGUCAAUAAUAAUAAUGUAGAGUAAUGUUAUCACCCGAGAGCUCCAGAGCUCUACAGGCCGUAUAUACAGGUAAUAAAAGUGAAUUAAUUGUUGUUCUCUCAGCUUUAGAUGAUGACCCGGAUGUUCUGAGAGCAGAGAUGUCCUGUGGUCAUGCGGUGUCGCCGCAGUCCCUGACCGCCUGGUGUCGCGGCUUGCUGGAUCAGGGUCAGUAUAAAUUUCAUUGUCCAGCAAUUACUCAUGGGACACAGAAAUGCGGUGCCGAGUGGCCGUACCUGGAGGUGCGCAAGCUGGCUGUGCUCAGCGAUGCAGAACAGGUCCAUUUCGAGGAGAACAUGGCUCUUCUGGCGGCCGUCGAGUACUGCGAGUUCAAAUCGUGUCCGAGCUGCGAGUCCUACGUGGAGCGAGCAGACUUGAGUAACCUGUGUGUGAAGUGCACCAUCUGUACCGCGGUAAAGCAGAGGAUCUUCCUGUUCUGCUGGCAGUGUCUGCGCGAGUGGAAAGGGCCGGCCGGUCACGCUCUCCGCUGCAGCUAUGAGGACUGCGUCCACCCCGACAUCCACAAGCUGGAGCAGUGUCAGAACAUGCGGCUGCCGUAUGUGCACAAUGUGGAGUGUCCUGCGAUCCGUGCGCUCCUGCUGGAACAUAACGGGUUCGCCUGUAAAAACCUGCUGUGCAAACGCUGUAAGGUGGAGUUCUGCUUCCUCUGCCUGAAGCUGAAGCGUGUGUGCAAUCCCGUCAGCGGCCCGUACGAGGUGUGCUCCGUCGUGGCCCGUCAGACAGAGAUCCCGGUGAGGAGGAGAUAAUGUGGAGGAAACAUGAUUGGCUAACAGUGUUGGGAGAAAAGUAAGGUGAUAUACAAACUUAAAAAGAUUAUUCACAUUCAAAACUUACAAUUCUGCAUAAUUGUCUUGAGUUGAACUUGAUAAACUUUCCUUAUUCUGCUGAACCCUGAAGGUUAGAAGAGUUCCGCUUCAGUGCUGAACAGAAUAAAGAAACUCCAGGGGUAAUGGACACUUUAGGAUUCACUAUAGUGUCAGCUCUGCCUGACAGACCAAUCAAAAAUAACAGCACAUGCAGUCAAGAUACUAAAGUUAGAGCAUGUGUGUGUUGUUAUUAUUCUUAUAAAGAUUAAAAUGGGUCAGAUUGGAAUAUAUUACUUUUUUACCCCACACUGUUAGUUAAGAUGGAACAGGUUUAACUCACUUUGUAAACAUCCGGGAAAUUGUAAAUGCUCGCAGGCUAAAGCUACUACAAAAAAGUUUCUAUUUUUCCUUUGUGUUUGAGGCGGGAUGCGCUGCUGUUGUCUGUUUUCAUGCUACGAUACUGUUCCUGACAUUCCACAUCCAAGUGUUUAAUGUUCAGAUGUUCCACAAUCACAAUGCUCCACAUGUUCUGAUGUUCAGAAUAACCAAGUUUACAUGUUCACCGAUUGUGUUGAGUGUAUAAGAGCCAGAUUUGUUCUGAUGUUUUAGGGUAUGUGAGAUUGAGCAAACAUGAUAGUGUCUGUUUUUAUCCAACAAUACUAAAUAAAAACCAAAGUUAAAGCUCGA